AAUGACAUGUAAUGUAAUGUAAUGUUGUGAUUUGUGGGAAGUUGGGAUAAAACCACACUGAGUAAAAUUACUUUGUGAUCAGACACACAGAUAUCCUUAAUUUUAAAGUUUAAAUGCCACUGCUUCAGCCCCUCCUCACCUCGAGCUUCAUGCCACUCUGCGCGCUGUCGUUCCGUAACACUAGAGGCCGCCAUGUCCUCUCGCUGCGAACGUGGUGGGGACUACUUCCUGGAGCGUCAGCUGAGUCAGAGGAAAAACACACGUAGGAGGUCUCACUCCGCCUUGAGUUCGGACUACAAAGAACGUCAACGACAAUCUGAAUUUGCUGACAGUGUGGUAUGAAUAUUCGUCGGUGAAAAAAUGACAAAUUCAUUCGAAUUAGUCCAAACUACCCUCCACUUGGAAAUACUGACAUAUACUGAGCUAGAAUGAACUAAGUUGGGAGUGAGUUCACGAAUGCAAAUGAGACAGACAAUGUAAACACUGUGUCUAAAUCCACUCCUGCGUGCACCAAGUGAGACUCCGUGUCAUUAGACGAUCUUUGCAAGCUUCCAGGAGCUAUACGAUUGCUGUUGCCAUAUGGAGGGAUCCCGUCCGCUGGUCCCCGGCCCGCUGUCAUCCUCCGAGCCGUCCAGCGGGUUCAAAUAAGACUGACCGCGUUUGAACCACUCGGAACCCGAGGGACCCACAAGGGGCGCCCGCGGAAGAACGACCCGAAGCCGACGCACCGCUAUCGGGCGGUUAUCGCCGUUUACACGCCCGUUGAACGGCGCUCUGACAGCACAACGUAGUAAGAAACUGACAGAUAUGUCUUCGUCCGCCGCACGAGACACUGUUGUCAAAAAGAAGCACGUUCGUUUCGCCAGCAUGGAGGACGAAGACGACGAGGACCAGGAGGAGGACACCCUGUUUGACAAGAGGAAGGACGCCGGGAGGGGACUGAAGAGCGCGCUGAAGGCGGCCAAGAGGAGCGCGAAGCCGGGAUGCGACGACCGGACGGAGGUGGUGGGCGGAGGAGCGUGCGGGCGCUGGAUGGUCACGCUCGCGCUCUGUGCAUCUUUCCUGGGCUUGGGAAUGAGCAUUUCCGUUCUUGGCCCCACAAUCGAGGACCUGGCCGUGAACGUGAAGAAGAACAUCAGCAAUAUUUCUUACAUCUUCGUGGGCCGGUCCGCGGGCUACAUCGGCGGUUCCCUCUUCGGAGGAAUUCUCUUUGACUGCAUGAACCCCCACCUCCUGCUAGGUUUUUCUAUGCUGGUCACAUCAGUGGGAAUGUUUGCGAUCCCCUUCUGUAAGCAAGCGCUGGUCCUCACUGGGCUCAUGUCCAGCAUUGGGAUGUCGAUGGGUAUUCUGGACACAGGUGGGAACGUCCUCAUACUGAACACGUGGGGCGAGCAGGCGGGCCCUCACAUGCAGGCGCUGCACUUCAGCUUCGCAGCCGGGGCCUUCGUGUCUCCGAUCAUAGCAAAGCUGCUGUUUGGGCCCGACGGCAACGGCAGCGCGGGAAUCGUCGUCGCAACCAACUCGACGCCUCCCGUCACCACGGAGAAAAUCCCCAACGCUAACGCGAUCAUCCGCUACGUCCACAGCAGGAGCGGUGCCCUCAAAUCCAUGUGGGCCUACGUUGUAAUCGGCUCCUACAUCUUUCUCGUCGCCUUCCUCUUCUUCAUCCUGUACUGUCGAAGCGGUGCGUCACGCGACAGAGCCAGGGUGUCCUCGGGGAAGCCCCCGGUGGCCAAACACCACACAGCCCUUAUUGCCCUGCUCUGCUGCUUCUUCUUCGCCUACGUAGGUGCCGAGGUGGCGUACGGCUCUUUCAUCUUCACCUAUGCCAAGGACUACGCCAACAUGCCUCAGUCCCAGGCCGCCGGGCUAAACUCCUUGUUCUGGGCGACGUUCGCCGCCUGCAGGGGGUUGGCCAUCUUCUUUGCGUCCUGCAUGUACCCGGGCACCAUGAUCCUGCUCAGCCUGGUGGGCUCCACCCUGUCCUCUCUGCUUCUCUGCCUCUUCAGCAAGGAGACGGUGGCCCUGUGGGUUUGCACCGGUCUGUACGGUGCCUCCAUGGCCACCAUCUUCCCCAGUGGCAUCUCCUGGGUGGAGCAGUACACCACUGUGACCGGCCGGACGGCGGCUGGCUUCGUGGUGGGCGCAGCAUUGGGCGAGAUGGUGCUUCCCGUUCUUGUGGGCUUCCUGCUGGGGAAGUUCCCGGGCCAGCCCCUGCUCAUGUACCUGUCGCUCAUCACCGCCACCUUCACCUCCAUCCUCUUCCCGGUCAUGUGCAAGCUUGCCUUGGCCCCCGGCGGCCAGAGCAGGAAGCCCCGCACCAGGGGUCGGCACGACGCGGACGACAGCGAAUAUCGGCAGGCGCUGCUGGACUCGGGAGUCAAUGACGACGACGAGGACGUGGAGGAGGAGGAGGAGGAGGAGCAAGACGACAACAACGAGGCCGAUCAGUGGAACGACGCAGACUUUGAGGUCAUCGAGAUGGAUGACACGGCAAGUCUCAUCCAUUCCCCCAGCAAGGCUUCCGCCCCCCCUGACCGCACCGGUCCAACAGGGAGCUCUGGUGCCUCCAACACCCGGACGACGGAGCCCGUGGGUGGAGCCUCUUUCUCAGACACCAGCCUGGUGGGAGACUCCCCGAGACGCAAACUACUGCUCUUUCUGGACCGAGAGAAGCGGGACUGAAACCUCCUCCUGUGGCUCCCGGGUAGCGUUUAUCUCUUCACUAAAAACUACAAGAGCUUUUGUCGAUUUUGUUGUCCAAAACCUGAAAAUUCCAACAUUCAUGAACAGAUGAUUUACUGUGUACUGACUGAAACACCGACCGAAACCUGUGCAGCUCAUAAACCAUCCAUACCAUUGUGUCGACUGAAGUUUGGGUCAUCAGCGCCUUUUCAAUCGGUCCUGGGUGAAGAGGAUCCGAUUCGGAGCUGUACUAUGCGACGGUUUGCUUGAAAUGACAUCAUACGUCAUUGAUAAAAUCAUUGAUUCCCCUCAAUGCUUCUGUGUUGGCCCUCCACAGUGAAGUCAAAGGUCACAUUGGGCUAGAAAACAGGUCGAAUUGAGUGCCUUGCUGGAGGGCACAUGAGCAGAGUGGAUGAGACAGUCGCACUCUUCUUCAUCAUUGGGCCAAUCCUGCUCCCAUUUUGCGUCAAACAGCAGGACAUGUGAUGCUUGUUGUAAGAUUUAAAUUAAAUGUUUUUUCUUACUUUA